AUAUUAUAUCACGUAGUAUGAAGAUUGUGAAAGCGUCAUAGUGUGAUUCGCGUUAUAUUGUAUAAUAUUUUUUUUAAAUUUUCUGAGAUAUUUAUACUAAAUAAAAAAUAGACAAUUGAAAGAAAUAUAAAACAAGUUAGGAUUCGUUUAAUAUGCAUUGUUUAUUGAAUUGAAGGAAUACAAAUUUGGAUUUUCUCUUGUUUGCUUUCAUGUGAUAUAAUUUUAGAAAUGGCUGCUGCUGCUGCUGCUGCCCUGCUUGAUGAACUUAUGGGAAGAAACAGAAAUGUUCUUCCUAAUGAAAAACCUAAAGAACUUAAUUGGGAAGAUCCUGAAUUUUGUAAAUUAUAUUUAGUUAAAUUUUGUCCUCAUGAUUUAUUUGUUAAUACGAGAGCUGAUUUGGGUGCAUGUUCUCGAGUACAUGAUGAUGAAGCUAGAGAAUUGUUCGAAAAAGCUCCAUAUUCAUAUCGAAAACAACAAUAUGAAGAUGAAUUUAUUAGAUUUUGUCAAAGUAUGUUAAAUGAAGUCGAAAGAAAAAUAAUAAAGGGAAAACAACGAUUAGCUCUUAUUGGAAGAACUGAAGCGCCUACUUUAACACCAGCACAAACUCAGAGGAAUGAAGAACAAAUUGCACUUUUAACUGAGAAAAUUAAUAAAUUAGUAGAAGAAGCAGAACAAAGUGGUAUACAAGGUAAUGUGGAACAAGCUCAAGGUUUAAUGAGAUUAUGUGAUCAAUUAAAAGAAGAACGAGAAACAUUAAGGAAAUCUAAUGACAAUAGUCAUUAUAACCAGACUGCCGAAUUAGCUGCUGCACAAGAAAAACAAAUGGAAGUAUGUGAUGUAUGUGGUGCAUUUCUUAUUGUUGGAGAUGCACAACAACGAAUUGACGAUCAUCUAAUGGGUAAACAACAUGUUGGAUAUGCUAGAUUAAAAAGUGCUCUUCAAGAAAUUAUGAGUAAACGUGAAAAAGCUAGAGAUGAAAAAGAACAAAGAAGAGAAGAAGAUAGGAAACAAAGAGCACGUGCCAAUGAAGAACUUGAUAGACGAAGAAGAGAUGAUCGAGAUAGAGAUAGAGAAAGAGAUAAACGCCGUAGACGCGAUGACGAUAAAGGCAGACAUGAUUCAGGCAGUCAUAGAAAUUCGGGACACAGAAGUAGAAGUAGAUCAAGAGAUAAACAUGAGAGACAUCGAGAUGAUGAUCACCGACGUCAUGCACGAGAUAAAGGAAAUCGUGAUCAUCGAAGCUCGAGUCAUCACAACCGGCGACGCCAUCGAUCUAGAAGUCGAAGUCACAAGUAACAACUCUUGAUUGGUUAGUGAGUGAGAAGUAAGCCAGGUAUGCACUAAACAAUAUAGCAUAUUCGUCUCAAUUACUGUACAGGUUCUUUACCAGGUGAGUUUCAUUAGAUGCACAUAAUAUAUACAUGAUAAUUAUCUAUAAUUUUGAAGAAUGGCAUAGUCACAGCGAGCCAGUCUCUGGUCCUGCCUAUUAAUCGGAGAAACACUUGUACUAAAUUUCAUAUGGACCUGUUUGUACAGCAUUUAAUUUUGAAAGUGACGAGCUUGCUCUAUGUAACGUAUUACUGAAAAACGGUGCAUCGAGGUAAUGUCGAGCAAGGAAUAGUAAUAUUGUUCCCAUACGAAAGGUAUUUUUAUCAUGUAGUAUUAUAGAUAUUGUCUACAGAGCAAGAUAGGAGAAGGUAUACCUAUGCUUGCUUUGAUCGGUAUAAUGUCUUCAUAGGGUAAAUCAAUUAUAUAAUUUCAACGACUGCAUAGCUUUUUUGUCGAAAAGAAAUUAGUGGUUUAGUGGAGGAAACAGUGCCUACUUCCGUAGACCUGCCACAACAGUGCCCUGUGUGACUGUGACUAUACAAUCCUAGCUUCUACUACGCAUUUCUGAGGUAUUUAUAUCGGAAUGAUAAUACCAAACAUGUCCUUUUAUUAGGAAAGUUAGACAUUUUCAAAAUGGUGAUCUUUAUUUUCGACGAUAUUCGAGUGCUUAUAAAGUUAUAAAGUUAUGAUAAUAAUCUCCUACUCUUACUUUCCUUAUUCCCUGAUUGCAAUUUAUUGGAGCAUAUUCUAUUUAAAAUCGAAAAAUUAUCAAUUAGUCAGGGAAGAUUUCUGUUAUGAACUCAAAAGGAACAAUUUUAAUAUUUGAAUUUAAGAGAAUAAAGCAAUUAUUAUAACAGAUUCAUAUGUAUAGUCCAGAAAUGUAUAUUUAUUUAACAGCCAUGUGGCUAUUAUUGAUUCAGAAUGUAAUUUUGGCAUAUAGUCUUAUCGUCGUCAUUUGAACUUUAUUUGUAAAAGUUCGAGUAACAUGUAUCAUAUAUGAUGCAUUCUUCCCUUUGCAUGCAUUUUUCUCCAUUAUUUUUAGUUUUGAGAGACAGGACAUGGCGAAGCUCGGUCAAAUUUUUCUAUUAGAAAGUCGUAUACAUAUAAAUCUCAUAGUAUCAUGGUACAACGAUUUGAAGGUUGAUGACAGGUCACGUGGAAUGUAUCUUAUGGUGCUCCGAGGACAUCUCCUUUAAUCAUAUCUUAUUCUUUUGUCGCGCCCUUCAUUUCGGCUUAUAGAGAACUCAUACUUUAUGCGCGUACUACAUUUGUGUAUUUCAUAUUAAAUCAUAAUAAAUCAUUUAUAUACAUUUAAUAAUUUGUUUUCUGAAUUAACUAAAUUAAAAAAAAAAUCUUUUUAAAAAAAAACAAAAUACUAAAAUAACAAUUUUAAAAAAACGAUCAUCUUAUAUUGUUGCAUUGGGAUGAAAGGAAUCUUAAUAGUAAAAGAUUCUAAUUGUUUUUUAAAAUUACAAAAUUAAAAUUUGCUUUCUUCAUCAUGAUAGAUUUUUAUUUUUCACUUAUAUAUUGUUAUAUUUUAGAUUCUUUUAUAAAUGAGAUUACUAAAAAUAGAUUUACCAAAACAUUAUUUAGUAUAGAUUUCAUUAUUAUACAAAACAAAAAAUAAAUUUCUUAAUUCAUAUUAAAUUUUUCUAUUAACAAGCAAUAAAUUAAUAAUAUUUAUCAUUUAUAAUUUUUGUAAUAUUUAAUAACAAGUUUGCAAUAUAUAUCAAUUUUUUUAUUUUAAUUUUAUAUAGUUUAAAAAAUAAUUUUAUUUUUCCAAUAUCACAAUCAAAGAUGAUCAAUUUUAAUUAUGUAAUUUACCUUUCACACAUGUAGCCGACAGAAGUAUGAUAUUUUUGUUAAAUAUGUCAUGUAUUAGGUCAAGGUUAACAAAUAAUAUACGAGUACGUUAUCCUGCUGUUUGGUAACGACUUAAAUUAAUAUGAAAAAAGAAAUAAUAAGGAUCAUCAACAUUUGAAAGUUGUAUUGUCUAUUUUCAGACAGAAGACAUGCCAUGGAGAUGUAACCUAUGCAACAGGCUCACUUGCACACUGCUUAAUAUAAUAUUGAGGUAAAGAUUUUGCAUAAUCUAAAAAUUCCAAUCAUGAAUUUUAUACACCUGCGUUUGGUUCAUUUUUAUUACAUCGCGUUUUCUUGAAGUUAAUUACAAGAAAAAUCAUAAAAUUAAAAGAAUUGAAUACAUAAUUAUUGUUAUCAACAUUAUAUUAUGAUAUAGGGAAAAAAUUAAAAACAGAUUUAUUAGUAAUUUAUUCUUAUUUGCAAAUGUUACUCUAGGCUACAUAUGAUAAAAAAUAUCAAGGUAAAUUGUCUAUAAUUUGCAUUGUAAUACUCUUAAAAUUGUUAAUUAAAAUUAAUAAAACAAUACUACAAUAAAAGUAUCAGGUUAUUUUGAAAAACAUACAAAACAUUAAAAUAGUCAGAAUUAUGAACAAAAUAAUAGAUACUGUACAAUCUUUAACAUUAAAUUAUAAAAUUUAUUAAAUAAGUAUAUACAUGAACAAUAUACUAUUGAGCGAUAGGAUAUUCUAUCUGAAUACUGUACAUAGUAGUAAUAUUUGCUAUGAUACAUUGAUUUGCUAAUGAAAUUAUCUUUGUAUAAAAUUAAAAUACUGUAUAUCAAGUGUAAAUAUUCGUAUUGGCUGAAUGACUGAUUUUAUCAUGCGUAAAUUAUUUCAUUUUUUUGAAUUUUAUGUCAACGAAUCAAAGAUAUAUAUCAUUAAAUAGAAAAAAUUUUAUUUAAGUCCCAUAAAUUUUGUAACCUAAAAAUAAUAUAUCAUUUAAUUCGUAUAAUUUGUUUUAGAAUUUAUAUUGUCUUAAUAAUAAAAAAUUGAAAGAUUUAAUAA